AUGUCUUCCCGAGUGAGGCCGCAACCUCGGCCGGGUCCGGAACCGGAGGCUGAGGUCGUUAAAGGUAUAAACCGUAAAGUUGACGAUGGUAGCGAGGAAGCUAUCCCAACGGCACAUCAACAACUUUCAAGUCAUCUCCUCAACAACAGCCACAACCAAGAUGCCAAAACCAAUAUCCACGUCCACGUCGACACCCUCAUCUCCGAACACUCCCCCCUCCUCCACCGCCGCAACUCAUCAUCCUCAACAUCCUCCUCCUCCACCGCCCGACCCCUCGUCUUCCUCGACGAAUCCUCCCCCACCCGCUUCUGGCUCAUCUUCAGCCAAAUCCUCGCCGCCCAAUUCAUCGCCAGCUUCGACAGCACCCUCAUGGCCUCUUCCCACCCCGUCAUCACCUCCCACUUCAAGGCCGCAAACUCCGCCUCCUGGCUCUCCACCGCGUUCCUCCUCACGUCGACGGCCUUUCAGCCGCUGCUAGGAAGACUGUCGGACGCCAUGGGCAGAAAACCCUUGUUCGUCAUGAGCUUGGCCAUCUUUGCCUUGGCGACGCUGUGGUGUGGUCUUGCGGGGAGCAUUGAGAGCUUUGUCGCGGCGAGGGCGGUUUGUGGGCUUGGGGCGGGAGGAACAAUAACUCUGGGAAGCAUUUUGACCAGCGACUUGGUGCCGAUUGAACGUCGCGGCAACUAUCAAUCAUACGCCAACAUGUCAUUCGGCACCGGCGCCGCCCUCGGAGCUGCUCUCGGGGGUGCCAUGGCCGAGGCACUGGGCUGGCGGUGGGAAUUCGGAGUUCAGAUCCCGCCGCUUCUACUCUGCAUUGCCGUCGUCGUCGUGGUGAUUCCGGAUGACAUUGGGCUCAAGGGUCCGCGCAAGGGGCUUCGGGAAGCGUUGGGCGAGUUUGAUUUCAAGGGCUCUGCUUUGUUGACUUUGUCGACGACGUCUGCGAUUUUGGGAUUGAACUUUGGCGGCAACAUCUAUCCAUGGACUCACCCCCUUGUCAUCGUCUCCCUCUCCAUCGCAGCCAUCUCGUUCCCAACUUUCCUCUGGAUCGAAUCCCGCGUCCACCUCCCCAUCAUGCCUCUCCGUCUCAUCCGCCACUCUCCCCGCGCAAACCUCAUCUUCGCCAACUUCAUCGCCGCCUUCCUCUCCAACUGCAUCUUCUUCAACAUCCCCCUAUACUUCCAAGCCGUCCUCCUCUCCAGCGCCACCUCCUCCGGCCUACGCCUCGCCCUGCCCUCCAUCGCGUCCUCCAUCAUCGGCGCCUUGACCGGCUUCGCCAUCACUAGGACCCGCCGCCUCAAGUGGCCCGUCGUGUCCGGCACGGUGUGGUAUCUCAUCGGAUGCAUCAUCCUCUGCUUCUUGCACCGCGGCAUGUCCACCGUCGUCUACCUCCUCAUUCUCAUUCCCCAGUCCAUCGGCCAGGGCUUUCAGUUCCCGGGCACGUUCAUGGCCAUCCUGGCGUCUUCUUCGCAGUCGGAGCAGGCCGUCGUCACAAGCACGCUGAUCCUCUGGCGGAGUCUGGGCUUCGUGCUCGGAGUGGCCAUGAGCAGUCUUGUCGUACAAAACGCCUUGGUGCACUAUCUCAAUGCCUUCGUCCAAGGUCAAGACAAAGCCGAGAUAAUCGAGCGUGUCAGGGCGUCUGUCGAGGCCGUUGCCAAGCUACAAGAGCCGUACAGGGAACAGGUCGUGCAGAGCUACGAGGCGUCUCUGAGGCUGACGUUUAUCCUCUGCACCGUGGUCGCUGCAAUUUCAAUCCUCAUCGUCCUACCUAUGAAGCUGCCACGCUUGGCACCGGUGCAUCGCAAGUCUUAA